CAUGGCGGAGCUGGCGCAGGGGCAGAGCCAGAGCGCGGCGCCCGUGGGAAUCAAGCCCGAGGGUUUCGUGGACGCUCUACACCGGGCCCGGCAGAUUGCUGCUAAAAUUGGAGAUAUUCCUCACUUGAAUAAUUCUACAACACUUGUGGACCCGUCAGUCUAUGGUUAUGGAGUGCAGAAACGGCCCCUGGAUGAUGGAGGUCUCCGUGUAAGUGGGCUCCAUGGAGCACAGAUCAGAGACACAGAGAGAAUAGGUAACCAGUUAGGGGCCCUGGUACAUCAAAGGGCUGUAAUAACAGAAGAGUUCAAAGUGCCUGAUAAAAUGGUUGGAUUUAUAAUCGGCAGGGGAGGAGAACAGAUCUCACGGAUUCAGAUAGAGUCUGGCUGCAAAAUUCAAAUUGCUCCAGACAGUGGUGGGAUGCCUGAGAGGCCCUGUGUACUCACUGGGACACCAGAGAGCAUUGAACAAGCAAAACGGCUACUGGGGCAGAUUGUAGAUCGCUGUCGCAACGGACCUGGUUUUCACAACGAUGCUGAUGGCAACAGUACCAUUCAGGAGAUUUUGAUCCCGGCAUCCAAAGUGGGUCUAGUCAUCGGCAAAGGAGGUGAAACAAUAAAACAGUUGCAGGAGCGAACAGGUGUGAAAAUGAUUAUGAUCCAAGAUGGUCCUUUGCCUACUGGAGCAGAUAAACCUCUCCGUAUUACUGGAGAUGCAUUUAAAGUACAGCAAGCGAGGGAAAUGGUACUGGAGAUCAUCCGAGAGAAAGAUCAGGCAGACUUCCGAGGCGUACGCAGUGAUUUCAGUGCUAGAAUGGGAGGAGGCAGCAUAGAGGUCUCUGUGCCCAGGUAUGCUGUUGGAAUUGUGAUAGGAAGAAAUGGAGAAAUGAUCAAAAAGAUUCAGAAUGAUGCUGGAGUUAGGAUUCAAUUUAAACCAGAUGAUGGGAUUAGCAGUGAAAGAGUCGCACAGGUCAUGGGGCUCCCCGAUCGGUGUCAGCACGCAGCACACAUCAUCAGUGAGCUCAUCCUCACAGCACAGGAACGAGAUGGCUUUGGAACCUUGGCUGUUGCCCGAGGAAGAGGUCGUGGCCGUGGGGACUGGAGCGUUGGAACACCUGGGGGUGUGCAGGAAAUCACCUACACUGUUCCAGCUGACAAGUGUGGCCUCGUUAUAGGCAAAGGUGGUGAGAACAUCAAGAGCAUAAAUCAGCAGUCGGGAGCACACGUGGAGCUGCAGAGAAACCCACCCCCAAACACAGACCCUGGCGUAAGAAUAUUCACAAUCAGAGGGGUCCCCCAGCAAAUCGAGCUCGCUAGACAUCUCAUAGAUGAGAAAGUUGGUGGUACCAGCAUGGGUGGACCUGGAGGAUUUGGUCAAAGUCCGUUCAGCCAAGCACCUGCUACACCUCAUCAAAAUGGUCCUCAGGCGUUCAUGACACAGGGCUGGGGCAGUACCUACCAGACGUGGCAGCAGCCUGGACAGCAAGUCCCAAGUCAUGCUGCCAGUGCUGCUUCUCAGGCAAGUUCCCAGCCGGACUACACGAUGGCUUGGGCAGAGUAUUACCGACAGCAGGCUGCUUACUACGGGCAGACACUAGGGCAGGCUCAGGCCCACAGCCAGGAGCAGUAGAACAAGGUCCCCGUGGCAAUUUUUUUUCCUUGGAAUCGUGGAAGAAAACCUUUUUGUAACAGAGGUUUCUAGAUUUGCAACAUUUUGAUGAAGACUUUACUGUUUUGUGAAACACUAGCUGUAGGAUAAUCUAUACUGAACUUUUCUAAGAAUCAGGAACAAUUAGUAAUGUACUAAACGUAUGGACAUGCUGGUAAUUUUGUUUCCAAAUUUAUAUUAAAACAAACCUCCGGGAUUCUUUUUGGAGAGAAGCCAGAGAAUUUGCAGGCACCAAAACGUACCCCAGAGCUGUGACAUUUCAACAUGUGGGUUUUUUGUGUGUUUUUUUUUUUUCCUUUUAAUUUUCAGUCUUUUCUGUUGGAACAGAAAGAGUGGCUUGGAAGUCUUAGGUGGUAUGUAACAAAUCUUAAAAAGAAAAAAAAAUUAAACAGUAUUUAAAUAUUCUUAAAUAUGUAAAUUCAUUAAAUGUUUUACUUCUAAUUUCUUGUAUCUUGGCUGUCUUUGAUUUUAUUGCAUUUUUAAAAAACUGAACUAUGAUAUGUAUUGUAAUUAAUGAUAUGAUUUCUGUAUUUGAAACAGUUACUGUUUGCAAGUUCGGGGGGGCAUUUUGUAGGGUUUGUAUAAUUUCUAGAGUCUAAAGGGGUAAUAUAAAAACGUGUUAAUUUUUUUAGCAAUACAUGUUUUCAUGUCUCUAUUGCUAGUUGCAUUUAUGUAUCUAAGACCUCCAAGCUUGUUAAAAAAAAGAAAAAACAAAAAAAAAGAAAAGAAAAAAACUUCUUCUAUGCUCUCAGAAAUAUAAAUACUGUUAUUUUUAAUAUUAAAAUGAAUCUGCUAUUAGUACCUUUAACAAACACUGUGGAACAUAAAACCGUAUAAAAGGUAGUAACUAUUUUUUAAUUCCAAGGUGUUUUCUGCUUUUUCGUUUCUUUUAAAUAUUUUCUUAUCUAAUAUUUGUCAAAUUACCUAGAGAAAUAAAUGAAUCUAGUAUUAACCACAGUAUGCGCUAAAUAAUUUUGAUUUAAUAAAAGGGAUAAUAUGAUUUCUGAUGUUUACUGUAGUGUUUCUUGUACAGAUAACAGUGUAUUUUUAAAGGAAAAACGGAAUUGAAGCUAUUUUUUCUUGCAUUUUUAAUUGCCCUGCGGGACAUUCCGUUUUUAAAUGUACUGAAUUUACUGUUCUUGGGUUCUUUCCUUAUUUUUUCUUUAUGCUUGAAAUGUCUAACUAUAAAGAACCGCGAUUGGAUAAUGUUGAGCAUGGUGUUUAAAAAAAAAAAAAGUGUUCUUUUUAUUUGACUGACAGUUGCA